AUGCCGGCAUAUCACUCCAUCUUCCUUGAGGACGGGGAUGUCGCCGUAAUAGGCAACUUCCCUGUCCUACCCCUCCGCACCCGCACUCGCGGCCCCGCAUACACUCUCCCCCUCCUACCACCCAACGUCGCAGACAUCGAUGUGCCCCAGGACAGCGAGUCGUACGACUGUGUCGAUGAGAUCCUCUCGCUUUUCCGUGCGAAUGUCCUCUUCCGGAACUUUGAGAUCAAUGGCCCUGCGGACCGUAUGCUCAUCUACGGGACUCUGUUCAUCACGGAGUGUUUGGGCAAGGUCAAGCCAACGAUGACCGUUCGUGAGGCGGAGAAGGCUCUGAACAAUAUCGCGCUCGAUACCAACUUCGCUAUCCCCGGCGAUGCGACUUUCCCCCUGAACCAGGCCUUUGAACCCCCCCGUGAUCGUCAGGAUGCGGAGACACUUAGAUCAUACCUUGCUCAGGUGCGACAGGAGAUUGCCACUCGACUGCUAGCUAGAUUAUACCCUGGGGGCGUUGGUCCUUCGAAGUGGUGGCUGAGCUUCACGAAGAGGAAGUUCAUGGGAAAGAGCUUCUAGGAGUUAGAAUAGGGUAGGAGAAGAUAGGAGGUAUCUAGGUAGAGAUUGCUUUGGUUUGAGCGUACAAAUCAGCGUGUGGAGGGAUCCGGAUUGCUGUCUUUUUAUUCAAGGUUCUGCGAAGUUUCUUUAGUGUGAUAUACUCGUACAUAAAACACAUAUAGUAACGAGGUAAACAAUGACCUUCUUGUUUAGGUCGCUGUAAUCCAUCCGUAGAAAGU